CUAACCCACCCCAACCCGCAACUCGCCCUCUUCUUCUCCACCUCCGCCCUGCCCCUCCACCAAUGGCGCCUUCCUCGCUACGGGCCUUCGUUUCCUGCCCACGCUGGCCUGCCUCACUCGAUGACUGUAUUAUAUCCCCUCAUUUUUAUAUCAUGUUACGGCUUCCUUCUAAACAUUUUUCAAGGGCGGUGUUGCCUUCCUGAAAUGAGUUUGGUGCUUAGAAAUCUGCAGCGAGCUGUCCCCAUCAGGAGGGUGCCCCUUCGCAAGAGGAUGGAAAUUGUGAGGAGUAUAUUAGGGGUGCAGAAAUUCGACCUGGGGAUCAUCUGUGUUGACAACAAGAAUAUUCAGCACAUCAACAGAAUGUACAGAGAGAAAAACAUCCCAACAGAUGUGCUUUCCUUUCCAUUUCAUGAGAAUAUAAAAGCAGGGGAACUUCCCCAACCUGAUUUUCAAGAUGACUACAAUUUGGGUGACAUUUUCCUAGGAGUGGAGUAUAUCUUCCAGCAGUGCAGAGGACAUGAGGACUACUAUGACAUCCUUACUGUGACUGCCACCCAUGGGCUCUGUCACCUGCUGGGCUUCACACACAGCACAGAAGCUGAGUGGCAGAAGAUGUACCAGAAGGAGAAGCAGGUUCUCGAGGAGCUGAGCCGGCACACUGGGACCAGCCUCCAGCCCCUGAGCAGGGGCCUCUUCUGAUGGUGCUGGAAGCCUGGCACCCGGAUGGCACGUGAGGGACCCCAGAGCCCAGAGACGCCAGGUGGAUGGCAGGUGGACCCUCUCUGUCGGGUCCUGAGGACCAGGGACUCCAGCACACCGAAGGCCCCGCUGGUCGCUGCUGCCCCGUGGGGCUGCAGGAGUGACACACUUGGGGGCCAAGUGGCUCAGGUGGAACCUGACUGUUUUGUGAAAGUAUAAAAGAAAUGUCCAUUCAUUUCUGCACUUAGAGCCUCGCAAACGUAUUUUCAGUGUUGCCGAGGAAGCAGUUCUAAGCUCGUAGGGUGCAGAGCUGGAGCGCAGGACCUUCAUCCCAUGGGGCUCUGCCUGUGGCCGGAGGCAUUUCUCUCUCCUGCCUCUGCAGCCUGCCCGGGAGCGUAGCAUAGGCAGCCCAGGGCGGGAGUGCCCCUCACCCUCCUUCCUACAGGAACCCCAUUGGCUUCAGUCCCCACUUACCCCUCAAGAACGCUGUGACCUGGAGCCUUUGCUUGCUGCCUUUAUGAGGGAGGGACAAGGCUGACCCUUAGGGCGGCCGAAAGGCCCAGGACAACCUCAGCCAGGUGACCCACGGCAGACAUCUCCUGCCCAUCCCAGCUCCUGAGGUGGGUGCAGCCCCUAGUCAGAGGUCUGCAUGUGGACCCUGCCUAAGUCCCCCUUCCCGCAGCACCGCCGUGGCCACAGCUCUAGACCCCUGGAUCCCCUGUGCAGCCACUGAGCUAAGUGUCUCCUGGCUCUGGGGACACCCUGAGCUCCCACUGCCGCAUCCCAUCCUCCUUCCUGUCAGUGUUUCCUGCCUUAUCUUCUGGUACAAAAAUAAACCCAGGAGGCAUCGCA